GUUAACAUGAUCCCAAGAGUUCUAGAGUUGUUGCUACUUUUGAUUUUGGUGGUUGGGUGCCAUGGUGGCGGAGGGUUGAAGAUGAAGUAUUAUGAGAAACUGUGUGAUUCGAUUUCGGUUGAAAAUACAGUUAGGGAGAUUGUAUGGAGCAAAGUUGCUGCAAAACCUGCCCUGGCUGCCAAGCUUCUAAGGCUUCACUAUCAUGACUGCUUUGUUAGGGGGUGUGAUGCUUCAAUUCUAUUGGAUCCUACUCAAAAUGUGACAACCGAAAAAGCAGCAGGACCUAACAGAUCUGUUACUGGGUACGAUGUUAUUGAUGAAAUAAAAACAACGUUGGAAGCUAGCUGUCCUGGGAUUGUUUCAUGUGCCGACAUUGUUGCGUUGGCUGCUAGAGACGCUGUUUCGUACCAAUUUCAAAAGGAAAUGUGGCCGGUUUUUACCGGAAGAAAGGACGGAAGCGUCUCGGUGGCGGUCGAAGUCGGUGUCAAUCUACCAUCUGCAAGCGCAAAUUUCACCACUCUCCUAACCCAAUUCAAAGCCAAAGGACUAGACGUUGAUGAUCUUGUAACGCUUUCUGGGGCACAUACUAUCGGGACCUCACGUUGCGCAUUGGUUUCAAGACGACUCUAUAACUUUACAGGUGUAGGAGAUGCUGACCCUUCUCUCGACCCGACUUACGCACAAACCUUGAGGGAAAUAUGCCCGAUCCCUGUGAAUGCAAGCAUUACUCUUGAAAUGGAUCCUAAUAGUUCCCUCUCAUUUGAUUCUCAAUACUUUGAAGGUUUGAACCAACAUAAGGGUCUAUUUGUGUCCGAUGCAGCACUAAUUACAAAUGCGCAAUCGGCUCACAUAGCAGAAGUCUUGCAAAAUCCUAAGGUGUUCUUUGCAAGAUUUGCUCGGUCCAUGGUACGAAUGGGUGCAAUUGAAGUCCUUACGGAUGGCCAAGGACAAGUUAGAAAAAAUUGUCGUGUUGUUAAUGAUCAAUGACCAUAAUCAGUAAUUCCUUCGCAUUGUUCUUUUUUAUGUGUAUGUGUUUGUUUUAUUGUAUCAUGUCCAUGGCAAGGGUGGACCCAAGUUGUAAAGAAAGAUUAAAAAAAAAAUAAUGUGUUAUGUGUUAUAGUAUUCAAUACUCAUUUUCA